AUGUUUGAAUUUUGUAGAUAUUUUAUUUGCAAAGCUGAAAAUUCAGAAUUAAAUGAGAAUUUAGAAUACUUUGAUGAUAAUAAUAAUCUUUUGAAAGAAAGUAAUGCAAGUGUUUAUAUAAAUGAUGUAAAGGAUUAUAAUAAUUCAAACAAUUCAAGUGAUACAAAUUAUGAUGAUAAUUUAAAUGAUUCAAGUAAUGCAAGUGAUGCUAAGUUUGAUGAAUCACAAUAUUUUUAUAUGCAACAAGAAUUGGUUCAAGAAUAUGAUAAUUAUAAAAUACCUUUAGGUGAUUUAUAUGAAUCAGAUUUAUCUGAAAAUAUAAACAAUAGUGAAUAUGAGUUGAAUAUAACAGAUGAUUUAGCAUGUGUAUUGCGACUCUUUAAAAUUAAAAUACAAUGUAAUUUAAUAGACAAUACAUUUAAAGUUAUAUAA